AUGGUUGCCGGGAUUGCUGAAAAUUUAAAAGCUAAAAUUAACUUUUCUCUGGAAAUAGCCAAAAUACCGUGGUUGGAUCGCGACACUAUGAUAAAGAAAAUAGAACGAUUGCAAAAAGAAAAUUCAAUACUUCAACACAAGGUUGAUGAAACUUCUAAAAAAGAAAACGAAGAACCGCCUUGUCAUCCAGUCCAGUCUGGUUCCUAUAAUUAUCAGGCGCUGAACGAGGAACUGUCAAAAGAGCGAGCGGCGCGCGAAGCACUGAAGGAGGUAGUGGCAUCAGCGGAGAGCAUGCUACGUGUAGCGCGCGCCCGCAUCGCGACGCUGGAGAGGCAGCUCAAAGAUACGAAGGCCGAAUUCGAAAUCGCCAAGAAGAAGCACAAAGACCUCGAGCAACUCGUAAACAGACUCGCAAUCGAACGUUCACAUGCGACAUAUCGUCAUCGCGAGAACAGUUACGAUGCCAGAUCAAAAAAGCUCCUCGAAGUCUCAAAAACCGGCGAAAUUACAAUAGAGACUUUGUCACGACAGCGAGAUGCCCUUGAGCUUAGGGUUAAAGAACUACGCGAGCAAGCAGAAGUGGCAGAACAAGCCGCACAGUCACGUGUGUCAGAACAGAAGGCUCGCACCGAGUUCCUUCAGGCGAAGGUAGCAGAACAGGAGAAGAGUAAAGCAGUAGCCGAGUCCAAGGUUGUUGAACUUGAAGGGAAAGUGAAAGAGUUGGAAAGUCAGUUACAAUCUUUUCGUGAUCGAUCGAUCAGACUAGUGGAUAUGGAGCGUCGGCGUUGCCUGGAGUACGUUCCGUGUAAAGAAAACGAACCUACGGACAGAGAGACUGAAAUUUGGAAAGAGCUGCAAAUGACUCGAGGAGCAUUGCUUCGGUCUGAAGAGGAGUUACGUCAGAGUCGCGCCGAGAAAGAUAGUUUUUUGAAUUCACUGUCCAGAAUAGCGCAAGGUGAAGGAACUGAGAGUUUUCAAGAUAAAAUGGCGACAGAGUUGCUUGAUCGAGAACAAAAGAUUGUUAAACUGCAGCAAACUAUUGAUGAGCAACGAGAAAACGAGAAAUCAAUGGAACAGACUAUGACACAAUAUGAAAAUCAACUGGCAGCUUUACGUCUUGAAGUGAAACGAUUGAGAAAUUAUGACUGUUACUCUAAAGAUGUAUCAUAUCCGGAAUUACAAACAGAGAUAUUGGAUUUACAUUUGCAAGUCGAAACGUUAUCUAGAGAAAGGACAGCGUUAAUUACUGCUGCAGCUUCUCGAGCAUUGAUGCUUGAACGUCAUGAGAGAGCUGCUGAUCUAUUCGCUCGCAUGGUGCGGGCGCGGAAAGAUCUCGCCGCUUUACUGGACGGACGGAUAGACCCACCGCCCUUCGAAGAUAUCGCACACGCAGAGAUGUCCCGAUCGUUGACGUCCGUAUGUGCAACAGCGGCAGACACGUGGACAGCUUUACGGGCUGAGAGAGCUCGGGUACUAAGACUAGAGAGUGCGGUACUUGCUCAAAGUUUGCAGUUGGAGAGAGAAGGGCUUGUUCGGACGCAGCUUGAGCGACGCAAGGCUAUACUCGAAAGAGAAUUAUUACGAGCGAACCAUUCCACAUCGGCAAAUUCUGUUGUGAUGUGCGGGAACCCAAGUUUGGAUUCAGAUUUUUUUGGAAAUAAGCAAAGGAAGUACUAGUGAAACAAGUGUUUAUAAAGGAAGUACUAGUGAA